AGAAGACUAUAGUUGUUUCUAAGUAUUGAAAGCAAUAUGGAUCUUGACUUUCCGAUUUGUAUAUUAAAGAUGAAUCUCCAGUGUUCUGAAGAGUUGCCUUCUCGGAUCAAGAAGCUUCUACGAAAAGUUGAAGGAGUUAAGGCCAUUAUCAUAGACCCGGUGAAGGGUCUUAUUUUGGUCUCUGGCACCGCAGAACCGUCACUUCUCAUCAAAACCGUCGAAAAAUUCGGUCAAAGUCCACAACUUCUCGCCUAUGAGCGUGAUCCAACUACGGCUAAAACCCAAUUCAGUUCAUUGCUUAAGCGUUACGCAAAAAAGGGUAAAGACAAACCAGCCUCUGAGCCCGCACCCGAACCCGCACCCGCACCCGCCACUGCCACCAACGCAGCGGGAACUUGUUCAGCGGGAGGUUUCGGGUAUGCUGUACCACCGACGGCGAUGCAGAUGCCGCCCUUCACGUUGCCACCAAGGACGGGACCGCUGGGAUGGUUAGCACCAGGUGAUAAACCCAGGUUGUUGGUACAGCACGAGGAGCCGAAGGUAACGCCGAGGAAGACGCCAGCUCCUUAUCCCUAUAAUUACUACGAAAAUUUGGGUUUUCCAAACCCCGACUCUCCUUGGAACAUUUUUAGCGAUGAUAACCCUCAACCUUGCACCAUCAUGUGA